AUGAGGUACACAAGUUCCACCUCCCGCGAUCCAACCUCCGGCGCUGUGUUAAGAUUGAUCGCACUAGCAGCGAGUCAAACCCUGGAUGUGAAUACCGUCGUCAUUCAUGUCGCUCAUAUGUUGUCCCUCGAUCUCACACCAACUAUAUUAAAAAAAAAACAGAAGGCCAAAGCAGGACUCCACCAACCAGUCUCUCUGAGCGGAUCUGCACAAAUAAUUGAUCCGGUUCACUUCUCAGAACGAGCAAAGCCCUACGAACGAUUUCCGUACUACCCAAUGAACUUCCCGAAUCCCGAUCGAGGCGGUCUGUUCAAUGGAAUGAGUAUCAACGCCAACGGGGAUACCAAUUGA